UCUAAAAAUCCUAUAAAAAUUUUUAUUUUUUUUAUAUUAAAAAAGAAUAGAGGCCUUCGAUUAUAUAUAGAUUAUAAAAAACUUAAUAAGAUUUUAGUUAAGAAUUACUAUUUUUUAUUCUUAAUUUUAGAAAUUCUAAAUAGAAUUAUAGAAGCUAAAUAUUUCUUUAAGCUAAAUAUUUAG